GAUUCUUUGGCUGCUGUGCUAGCUAGGUAGCUAGUUGAUUUUUUUUCUUCCGGCUAGCUAAAGCAGAGAGGGUGGCAACUAAGCUAGUAAAGUGGGAGGGAGUUAGCGCGACAGGACAGAACAUUAUUUCUUCAGGCAGGACGUUGCACUCGUCGUGGGGAACUUUUCUUUUGAUAUCUGAACUGAAAUUUUGCGAAGCUAGCUAGCUAGCAUUAUUUGUGGUUAGCACGCUGACGGACUACAGAACAAGCAAGGCAGUGUCAUUCCAUCACUGAUACAUUGUGUCAUGUUGAUGAUCAACACAAGUUAGAAGUUACUUCUUGCAACAUUAUAUCAUGGCUGGCAGCACCACCAAGACAGUCCACGAUAUAUUUCAAUCUAUGGAGUACGGACCGAGUAGUUCCAGCACUGCUACUGCUCAGGUAAAAACAAAACAAAAAACAUGUAUUUGCUGCACAAGUGUCGAGAUAUUGGUUGCAUAGGUCUAAGUAGUAGUAAGACAUAAAACCACCUUUGAGGUGAAUUUACUCGAAAUAACAUUUUGUUAGAAUAUGUAAUGACAUUUUAACUUCACUCUUGUACAUCACGUUUUACAGCAUGUCUUAGAUAAUAUGAUUUCUGUUAGCUGGCUAUUACCAUGUGAAGUGUAUUACUGUAACUAACUCACAAGGCAGACAUGUGAUUGUCUGACAAUGUGUGAUGGCGUCUGUGUGGCCCUGGGGAUCAAGUUGGGUGGGAUCUUCUGUAGAGAACAGUAGUCUGUCUGAACAGCCAGACUCUUUCAACAGCUAACCACCUAACAUGUCCAGAUUACAUUUCAGAAAUGUAACUUUUGCUAGAUUAUGUGCGGUAGGAUGUGCUUGGAACGGGUGAAAAGUGUACCAUGACCUGACUACUCUGUCAAUAUCUGAUACUCCCUAGGAGCCCUGUUAUUUUAUUGGUUACUCAGGGUUGGAGGUGUCAGUCUCUGCAGCCAAUCAAAUGUGAGCAUACCGCAACACAGAAUUGGUCCCAUUCAUAUCUACCUGUCCACAUUUUAAUAGGCCUACAUUAUAAGACAAUUAUGUCAACUAUAUUAAAAUUCAGUCCAUGCCACACAUUUCUCCCACAACACUGGGGGGAGAAAACGACUACAUUAUGCUGCAUUAUGAUGCUGCUGAAUUCUUAUUUUAUUGUUACUACAAUUGUCACUAUAUUAUACAAGAAUGGAUGUUAAAAUAGAUGCUGGGGUUGAAUUUGAAGGCAGAAGAUGCUCUUAUCACUAUCAGUCUCAGUGUUUGGGGACCUUCCUGUCUGACUUCUUCCUCUUGUGAACCAGUAUCUCUGCCUCUGGGCUGCUGGGGGGGCUGGUGGUUGACAUCCUCAUCAUCACUCCACUCCCUCUCCUCUUGCACAAGGGACUCUGGCUGGGGGAACUCAACCUAGCAUAUUCAGUUCCAGGGCCCAGACCCUUACUACAAUCCCCAACAGGUGUAGGGAUUUCUCUUCCAGGGGUUGGCUGAAAAUGGUGCCCGGUCUAAAGGUACACCCUCACCUGAAUUGAGAAUAGUCAGGGAGACAUGAUCAGUAUUUUCAACCUUUGAACUUCUGCUGCGGUUGAGCUCAUCCUCAUCUUCAGAAGUUUAUUUUGGGGUUGGAUCCCUUGGAAGGAAGUAGGAAGUAAAAAAUACUGUGCUAGUGUGGCGGGCCACAGGCCUCCUUUUGAGAGGCAUUUCCAGCUCAUCAUCUCUUGGCAGGUGGAUCCAGAGAGUUGGUUGUAGGCUAGGGGAACUUGGUAUUGUAAGGAGCUGGGCAGGUUUUAAGUACCUUACACUGGGUAGGAUACUAUCAUCACCAUCCUCAUCUUUAAUGAGCCCUGGGCUAGUGUAUGUUAGAUGGUCUUCGGACCCUUUGCAUGUCACUAGGGCUUGCUUGGGGAAUUGUCAACCCAUUAGUCACUGGAUCAAGCUCCUGACCGCAUCUUGGCUACAGCUCAAUCUCCUGCAGCUGCUCAGGAGAAGGCUCCGAAGACACCUCAAACACUUGACAGAACAUCGGAGGUGUCGCGGUCUGAGGCCAAGGUUGAGGAUACUGCUCUGUGUUUCACCCUCAGCCCCUUUUGGUAACUCAAGGGAUAUCCCACUCUACUGCAGGGGUUCAGUGGGAAUGUCAGGCAGUUCUCUGAUUACACUGGACAGCUCAAUCUCAUUGCUUGUACUAGGCUUUGGCGGUAUACCGUAUAUGCUGUAUACCGGGGUAUUUGGAAAUAGCCAUGGGAUGGUUUUUUUUACCGUUGAAACUAUUUAUUUGGAAUGGGAUUUUUUUGGUGCUACUUUUUAAGUAAAUACCUGCAGUCAACUUAUGCAAUACAUUAGGAGAUGAAGAAGAGACACGUUCUUCAUUUCACCUGUAACAUAAUUUUUUAGGGCUGACCCCAAUUAGUCGACUGGUCGAUUGUUUGGUCGAUAGGCUGUUGGUCGACCAAGAUGUUUUUGUUGUUGAGCAGUAGCAAAUAUAUAUACAGUACCAGUCAAAAGUUUGGACACACCUACUCAUUGAAGGGUUUUUCUUUAUUUGUACUAUUUUCUACAUUGUAGAAUAAUACUGAAGACAUCAAAACUAUGAAAUAACACAUCAUGUAGUAACCAAAAAAGUGUUAAACAAUUCAAAAUAUAUUUUAUAUUUGCGAUUCUUCAAAUAGCCACACUUUGCCUUGAUGACAGCUUUGCACACUCUUGGCGUUCUCUUAACCAGCUUCACCUGGAAUGCUUUUCCAACAGUCUUGAAGGAGUUCCCACAUAUGCUUAGCACUUGUUGGCUGCUUUUCCUUCACUCUGCUGUCCGACAUCGGCCCAAACCAUCUCAAUUGGGUUUAGGUCGGGGUAUUGUGGAGGCCAGGUCAUCUGAUGCAGCACUCCAUCACUCUUCUUUUUGGUCAAAUAGCCCUUACACAGCCUGAAGGUGUGUUGGGUGUUUGUACUGUUGAAAAACAAAUGAUAGUCCCACUAAGCCCAAACCAGAUGGGAUGGCGUAUCGCUGCAGAAUGCUGUGGUAGCCAUGCUGGUUAAGUGUGCCUUGAAUUGUAAAUAAAUCACAGACAGUGUAACCAGCAAAUCACCCCCACACCAUAACACCUCCUCCUCCAUGCUUUACGGUGGGAACUACACAUGCGGAGAUCACCCGUUCACCCACACCGCGUCUCACAAAGACACGCCGGUUGGAACCAAAAAUCUCCAAUUUGGACUCCAGACCAAAGGACAAAUUUCCACCGGUCUAAUGUCCAUUGCUCAUAUUUCUUGGCCCAAGCAGGUUUCUUCUUAUUAUUGGUGUCCUUUAGUAGUGGUUGUAAAUAUACACUACCAGUCAAAAGUUUGGACACACCUACUCAUUCAAGGGUUUUCCUUUAUUUUGACUAUUUCUUACAUUGUAGAAUAAUAGUGAAGACAUCAAAACUAUGAAAUAACACAUAUGGAAUCGUGUAGUAACCAAGAAAGUGUUAAACAGAGUAGGAGAUGACAGCUUUGCACACUCGUGGCAUUCUCUCAACCAGCUUCAUGAGGUAGUCACCUGGAAUGCAUUUCAAUUAACAGGUGUGCCUUCUUAAAAGUUAAUUUGUGGAAUUUAUUUCCUUCUUACUGCGUUUGAGCCAAUCAGUUGUGUUGUGACAAGGUAGGGGGGUAUACAGAAGAUAGCCGUAUUUGGUAAAAGUCCUAACUCAUGAAGCUGGUUGAGAGAAUGCCAAGAGUGUGCAAAGCUGUCAUCAAAGGCAAAGGGUGCCUACUUCGAAGAAUCUCAAAUAUCAAAUAUACACUGCUCAAAAAGAUAAAGGGAACACUUAAACAACACAAUGUAACUCCAAGUCAAUCACACUCUCCACUAAGGAAGCAACACUGAUUGACAAUACAUUUCACAUGCUGUUGUGCAAAUGGAAUAGACAACAGGUGGAAAUGAUAGGAAAUUAGCAAGACACCCCCAAUAAAGGACUGGUUUUGCAGGUGGUGACCACAGACCACUUCUCAGUUCCUAUGCUUCCUGGCUGAUGUUUUGGUCACUUUUGAAUGCUGGCGGUGCUUUCACUGUAGUGGUAGCAUGAGACGGAGUCUACAACCCACACAAGUGGCUCAGGUAGUGCAGCUCAUCCAGGAUGGCACGUCAAUGCGAGCUGUGGCAAGAAGGUUUGCUGUGUCUGUCAGCGUAGUGUCCAGAGCAUGGAGGCGCUACCAGGAGACAGGCCAGUACAUCAGGAGACGUGGAGGAGGCCGUAGGAGGGCAACAACCCAGCAGCAGGACUGCUACCUCCGCCUUUGUGCAAGGAGGAGCAGGAGGAGCACUGCCAGAGCCCUGCAAAAUUACCUCCAGCAGGCCACAAAUGUGCAUGUGUCUGCUCAAACGGUCAGAAACCGACUCCAUGAGGGUGGUAUGAAGGCCCGACGUCCACAGGUGGGGGUUGUGCUUACAGCCCAACACCGUGCAGGAUGUUUGGCAUUUGCCAGAGAACACCAAGAUUGGCAAAUUCGCCACUGGCGCCCUGUGCUCUUCACAGAUGAAAGCAGGUUCACACUGAGCACAUGACAGACGUGACAGAGUCUGGAGACGCCGUGGAGAACGUUCUGCUGCCUGCAACAUCCUCCAGCAUGACCGGUUUGGCGGUGGGUCAGUCAUGGUGUGGGGUGGCAUUUCUUUGGGGGGCCGCACAGCCCUCCAUGUGCUCGCCAGAGGUAGCCUGACUGCCAUUAGGUACCGAGAUGAGAUCCUCAGACCCUUUGUGAGACCAUAUGCUGGUGCGGUUGGCCCUGGGUUCCUCCUAAUGCAAGACAAUGCUAGACCUCAUGUGGCUGGAGUGUGUCAGCAGUUCCUGCAAGAGGAAGGCAUUGAUGCUAUGGACUGGCCCGCCCGUUCCCCAGACCUGAAUCCAAUUGAGCACAUCUGGGACAUCAUGUCUCGCUCCAUCCACCAACACCACGUUGCACCACAGACUGUCCAGGAGUUUGCGGAUGCUUUAGUCCAGGUCUGGGAGGAGAUCCCUCAGGAGACCAUCCGCCACCUCAUCAGGAGCAUGCCCAGGCGUUGUAGGGAGGUCAUACAGGCACGUGGAGGCCACACACACUACUGAGCCUCAUUUUGACUUGUUUUAAGGACAUUACAUCAACGUUGGAUCAGCCUGUAGUGUGGUUUUCCACAUUAAUUUUGAGGGUGACUCCAAAUCCAGACCUCCAUGGGUUGAUACAUUUGAUUUCCAUUGAUAAUUUUUGUGUGAUUUUGUUGUCAGCACAUUCAACUAUGUAAAGAAAAAAGUAUUUAAUAAGAUUAUUUUAUUCAUUCAGAUCUAGGAUGUGUUAUUUUAGUGUUCCCUGUAUUUUUUUUGAGCAGUGUAUUUUGAUUUGUUUAACACUUUUUUGGUUACUACAUGAUUCCAUAUGUGUUAUUCACAAUGUAGAAAAUAGUAAAAAUAAAGAAAAACCCUUGAUUGAGUAGGUGUCCAAACUUUUGACUGGUACUGUGUGUGUGUGUGUGUGUGUGUGUGUGUGUGUGUGUGUGUAUGCGUGUGUGUUUUUUAUAUAUAUAUAUAUAUAUAUACAAAACACACACAGUGCCUUGGAAAGUAUUCAGACCCCUUGACUUAUACCAUAUUUGGUUACGUUGCAGCCUUAUUAUAAAAUUGAUUAUUUUUUUUAAUCCUCAGAAAUCUACACACAAUACCCAAUAAUGACAAAGCGAAUACAGGUUUUUAGAAAUUUUUGCAAAAUAGAGCUCCAAGACAGGAUUGUGUCGAGGCACAGAUCUGGGGAAGGGUACCAAAACAUUUCUGCAGCAUCGAAGAUCCCCAAGAACACAGUGGCCUCCAUAUUCUUAAAUGGAGAAGUUUGGAACCACCAAGACUCUUCGUAGAGCUGGCCUCCCGGCCAAACUGAGCAAUCGGGGGAGAAGGGCCUUGGUCAGGAAGGUGACCAAGAACCCGAUGGUCACUCUGACAGAGCUCCAGAGUUCCUCUGUGGAGAUGGGAGAGCCUUCCAGAAUGACAACCAUCUCUGCAGCACUCCACCAAUCAGGCCUUUAUGGUAGAGUGGCCAGACGGAAGCCACACCUCAGUAAAAGGCACAUGACAGCCUGCUUGGAGUUUGCCAAAAGGCACCUAAAGACUCUCAGACCAUGAGAAACAAGAUUCUCUGGUCUGAUGAAACCAAGAUUGAACUCUUUGGCCUGAAUGCCAACCGUCACAUCUGGAGGAAACCUGGCACCAUCCCUACGGUGAAGCAUGGUGGUGGCAGCAUCAUGUUGUGGGGAUGUUUUUCAGCGGCAGGGACUGGGAUUACUAGUCAGGAUUGAGGCAAAGAUGAACGGAGCAAAGUACAGAGAGAUCAUUGAUGAAAACCUGCUCCAGAGCGCUCAGGACCUCAGACUGGGGCGAAAGUUCACCUUCCAACAGGACAACAACCCUAAGCACACAGCCAAUACAACGCAGGAGUGGCUUCGGGACAAGUCUCUGAAGGUCCUUGAGUGGCCCAGCCAGAGCCCGGACUUGAACCUGAUCGAACAUCUCUGGAGAGACCUGAAAAUAGCUGUGCAGCAACGCUCCCUAUCCAACCUGACAGAGCUUGAGAGGCGCUACAGAGAAGAAUGGGAGAAUCUCCCCAUAUACAGCGAGGGUUAAAAGUAUUUAAUCCCCUGCUGAUUUUGUACGUUUGCCCACUGACAAAGAAAUGAUCAGUAGAUAAUUUUAAUGGUAGGUUUAUUUGAACAGUGAGAGACAGAAUAACAACAAAAAAAUCCAGAAGAACGCAUGUCAAAAAUGUUAUGAAUUGAUUUGCAUUUUAAUGAGUGAAAUAAGUAUUUGACCCCUCUGCAAAACAUGACUUAGUACUUGGUGGCAAAACCCUUGUUGGCAAUCACAGAGGUCAGACGUUUCUUGUAGUUGGCCACCAGGUGUGCACACAUCUCAGGAGGGAUUUUGUCCCACUCCUCUUUGCAGAUCUUCUCCAAGUCAUUAAGGUUUCGAGGCUGACGUUUGGUAACUCGAACCUUCAGCUCCCUCCACAGAUUUUCUAUGGGAUUAAGGUCUGGAGACAGUCUAGGCCACUCCAGGACCUUAAUGUGCUUCUUCUUGAGCCACUCCUUUGUUGCCUUGGCCGUGUGUUUUGGGUCAUUGUCAUGCUGGAAUACCCAUCCACGACCCAUUUGCAAUGCCCUGGCUGAGGGAAGGAGGUUCUCACCCAAGAUGUGACGGUACAUGGCCCCGUCCAUCGUCCCUUUGAUGCGGUGAAGUUGUCCUGUCCCCUUAGCAGAAAAACACCCCCAAAGCAUAAUGUUUCCACCUCCAUGUUUGACGGUGGGGAUGGUGUUCUUGGGGUCAUAGGCAGCAUUCCUCCUCCUCCAAACACGGCGAGUUGAGUUGAUGCCAAAGAGCUCCAUUUUGGUCUCAUCUGACCGCAACACUUUCACCCAGUUCUCCUCUGAAUCAUUCAGAUGUUCAUUGGCAAACUUCAGACGGGCAUGUAUAUGUGAUUUCUUGAGCAGGGGGACCUUGCAGGCGCUGCAGGAUUUUAGUCCUACACGGCGUAGUGUGUUACUAAUUGUUUUCUUGGUGACUAUGGUCCCAGCUGCCUUGAGAUCAUUGACAAGAUCCUCCUGUGUAGUUCUGGGCUGAUUCCUCAUCGUUCUCAUGAUCAUUGUAACUCCACGAGGUGAGAUCUUGCAUGGACCCCAGGCCGAGGGAGAUUGACAGUUCUUUUGUGUUUCUUCCAUUUGCGAAUAAUCGCACCAACUGUUGUCACCUUCUCACCAAGCUGCUUGGCGAUGGUCUUGUAGCCCAUUCCAAACUUGUGUAGGUCUACAAUCUUGUCCCUGAUAUCCUUGGAGAGCUCUUUGGUCUUGGCCAUGGUGGAGAGUUUGGAAUCUGAUUGAUUGAUUGCUUCUGUGGACAGGUGUCUUUUAUACAGGUAACAAACUGAGAUUAGGAGCACUCCCUUUAAGAGUGUGCUCCUAAUCUCAGCUCGUUACCUGUAUAAAAGACAUCUGGGAGCCAGAAAUCUUUCUGAUUGAGAGGGGGUCAAAUACUUAUUUCCCUCAUUAAAAUGCAAAUCAAUUUAUAUAAUUUUUGACAUGCGUUUUUCUGGAUUUGUUGUUUGUUAUUCUGUCUCUCACUGUUCAAAUAAACGUACAAAAUCAGCAGGGGAUCAAAUACUGUUUUCCCUCACUGUACAUGUGUGCCAAGCUUGUAGCGUCAUACCCAAGAAGACUCGAGGCUGUAAUCGCUGCCAAAGGUGCUUUAUCAAAGUACUGAGUAAAUGGUCUGAAUACUAAUGUAAAUGUGAUAUUUCAUUAUUAAUAUUUUUUAAAUAAAUUAGCAAACAUUUCUAAAAACCUGUUUUUGCUUUGUCAUUAUGGGGUAUUGUGUGUAGAUUGAUGAUGGGAAUAAAGCUGUAACGUAACAAAAAUGUGGAAAAAGUCAAGUGGUCUGAAUACUUUUCCGUAUGGACCGUGUGUAUAUAUAUUUCCCUAUCCUCCAUUUUAUAGCCUACUCUCUCAAACACAUACACACUAAUGUAAGCUCUGUCUCUUCUCUUAGGCUUGGCUUGAGCAUCAGUCUCGUGCUCUCGGCUUGUUCGUCGAUGGAAAGUUUGUCCGCCCUGCAGACAGACAGACAUGCAGUGUGACUGACUCUUCAGGUAAAAAGAGAACCUACAGGGGAGCUAUCCCCUCAAUUUAAUAUCCUUGUUCUAUCUAUCUGUCUCUUCCUCCACUACCCACCGUUUUCUUGUUAUAUUUUAAAUGCCUUGUUCAUCAAUAAAAUGCUAUUUUGACAGACAAUGUUUCUCUCCCACUCCCUCCCCUAGGUGGGGCUGUGUGUAGUACUGUGUGUGCUGUGGAUGAUGAUGUGUCCCUGUCUGUGUCCUCUGGGGCCAGUGGCUUCAAGGCCUGGAGUGCUCUCCCCUGUCAUCUCAGAGCCAAGACUCUACUCAGGUAGCUACACACAACACCCCUUCACCUCUGUCUAGGGUUCACUGAUACAACACCCCUUCACCUCUGUCUAGGGUUCACUGAUACAACACCCCUUCACCUCUGUCUAGGGUUCACUGAUACAACACCCCUUCACCUCUGUCUAGGGUUCACUGAUACAACACCCCUUCACCUCUGUCUAGGGUUCACUGAUACAACACCCCUUCACCUCUGUCUAGGGUUCACUGAUACAACACCCCUUCACCUCUGUCUAGGGUUCACUGAUACAACACCCCUUCACCUCUGUCUAGGGUUCACUGAUACAACACCACUUCACCUCUGUCUAGGGUUCACUGAUACAACACCCCUUCACCUCUGUCUAGGGUUCACUGAUACAACACCCCUUCACCUCUGUCUAGGGUUCACUGAUACAACACCCCUUCACCUCUGUCUAGGGUUCACUGAUACAACACCCCUUCACCUCUGUCUAGGGUUCACUGAUACAACACCCCUUCACCUCUGUCUAGGGUUCACUGAUACAACACCCCUUCACCUCUGUCUAGGGUUCACUGAUACAACACCCCUUCACCUCUGUCUAGGGUUCACUGAUACCACACCCCUUCACCUCUGUCUAGGGUUCACUGAUACAACACCCCUUCACCUCUGUCUAGGGUUCACUGAUACAACACCCCUUCACCUCUGUCUAGGGUUCACUGAUACCACACCCCUUCACCUCUGUCUAGGGUUCACUGAUACAACACCCCUUCACCUCUGUCUAGGGUUCACUGAUACAACACCCCUUCACCUCUGUCUAGGGUUCACUGAUACAACACCCCUUCACCUCUGUCUAGGGUUCACUGAGGCCCACCAAUAAAAAAAAUGAGAUUGAUAAAUGAUAAAAAAUAUAAAAAAAGUUGAUAAAAACACGUUAAACAAAUAAUUACAGAUAAUUUUGCAGGAGUAAAUUACCAAGGCUACCACUAGGCUCCAUGGCAACCAUAAACACAAACACUACACUACAGACCACAAUUUAAUAUCUAAUAUUUAUGCCGGGCAAAUUCAAGUUAGCAUUUGUAUUAUCUGUAUCACGUCUGUUGUCUCUUCAUGUGUGUGUAUGUGUGCUCGCGUGUGUGCAUCCAUCGGUCUGCGUGUGUGUGUGUGUCAGGUUGGUGAGUGGCCUCCAGAGACACGGUCAGUGUCUGUCAGAGCUGUGCGACCUGGCCCAGUCUCCCAGUUCCCCUUCAGCACUGGUCAGACUGCUGCAGUACUACUCCGGCUGGGCUCAGCUCAGAGACUCCCUCAUUCCUGACUGGACACCACGUGGUAAGGCCGUUCGUACGCGCGUGUGUGUGCACGUGAAUCUUUAUCUGUGUGUGCAUGUGCGUGGUGGAGAUCUGUCCUUAGUAUUGCACAACUGUGAUUGUGAAGUGUGUGUAUUGAAUGUACUCUGUGUUUUGUGUCUUUCAGGUGUGGUGGCAGUGGUUGUCUCUGAUGACUGUUCUCUCUACUUUCUCAUGCUGAAAGUCUUGCCUGCACUGGCCAUGGGUAUGACAAACACAUACACACACACAGAUAAAGAUCCAGGCUAUCUAAUCAACAUGACCAAAGGUUAAUUUCCUAGAAAGUCAUGGAAACAAACAGUUUCAAAAUGGACCCUGUCACAUUGUACCCUGACAAAAAUACCCUUCCGGAAAGUAAAGCUUUACUCUACCGUUUAUGACCUUAACGUUUCUGUUUAUUUCCCAGGCAACGCAGUGGUGGCGAUCCCUGGCGUGGGGACAGCUCCUCCUGCUCUCUUAUUGGCUCAGCUGUUUGUGGAGGCGGGACUUCCUGCGGGGGUGCUGAAUGUGGUGACGGGCAACGUUUUGUCACUGGGUUCUAAAGUGGCUCAAAACCCCCACAUCAGCUAUGUCACUUACAGUGGCAACAAAAAGGUGGACACACACACACACACACACUCUCAAACCAAUGUUUUAGUCAAUAGGGCUUAUACUUGCUUUUUUAUGUAUUUUUCCUGUAUGCAUCUGCUAGUGCAUCUUCUUGCACCAGUAACACUUGUCUCUUCUUACUAGCACUAAUUUUGCUGAUAGCUUCUUUAUUGAGGAAUGUUUUUACGUGCUAUGACUGUGAUAUGUGGUUGUUUAUCUACCCUAGUUGAAAGCACUGACUGUAAGUCGCUCUGGAUAAGAGCGUCUGCUGAAUGACCAGAAUUCUAUGUAAAUGUAAUGGGACUGUAAUUUAGCUGUGUGAAGUGAACAUUUUCUAUUGGUGCAGCAGUGAAUUGACAGUUGUCCCACGACAAUCGUGUGUGGUGUGCUUUGGAUUGUGAACCUCCUCUUUCCGCUCUCUCACACUAACUUGUACCGUCCCUCCAAUCCCCUCUUUCCUUCGUUUUCAGGAUGGAGAGAUGCUGUGCAGGGCCACAGCAGGCAUGGGUGUUCCCGUCUCUCUCUCCCUCUCCCUCGGAGCCACCUGUCCCUUCAUCAUCUUUGAGUCUGCCGAUAUCGACAGCGCCGUGGAUGGAGUGAUAGAGACUGCCUUUAAGAAGAACAGAGAGGUGAAACGGCUGGCUUUCUUCUUUCUUUUCUCACUCGUUAUUUGAAGCCAAAUCAGAGAAUGAAUCAAGAGAUUCCAGUGAAAUAAGAAGAUGCAAUCCGAAGCAUGGCCACAGGGGGUCAGUGUUGUACAGUAUGACAGCUCUGGAGCUCUCCCUCGCUCUAGAAACUAGCACAGAAAUAUACACAUUUAAAGCCCUCUCUCACUGACUCAAUAGGCCUAUAUGACUUAUCUGAACAGUAGACUAAUCUAAUGAAAUAACCUGCCCUCUCUCUCCAUCUUUAUCUCUCACCCUCUUUCUCUUUCUCUCCUUCCCCCCUCAGUGCCAGUGGAUGCUGUGUGUCCAGGAGUCAGUGUGGGACAGUGUUGUAGCCCGUCUGAAGGUUCGGAUGGCAGGGAUGAAGAGUGUUCCUCUCCUGGCCGAGGGGGACCGAAGGCUGGUGGACGCUGCAGUACAGGAGGCCCAACAGCAGGGGGCUACGGUCAGUCACUACAUUUACAUUUUAGUCAUUUAGCAGACGCUCUUAUCCAGAGCGACUUGCAUGAGCAAUUAGGGUUAAGAGCCUUGCUCAAGGGGACAUCGACAGUUUUUUCACCUAGUCCGCUUGGGGAUUGGAACCAGCACCCUUUCAGUUACUGGCCCAACGCUCUUGACCGCUAGGCUACCACAUACACUGAGUGUACAAAAUAUUAGGAACACUUUCCUAAUAUUGAGUUGCACCCAUCUUUUGCCCUUAGAACAGAAUCAAUUCGUUGGGGGCAUGGACUCUACAAGGUGUUGAAAGCAUUCCACAGGGAUUCUGGCCCAUGUUGACUCCAAUGCUUCCCACAGUUGUCAAGUUGGCUGGAUAUCCUUUGGGUGGUGGACCAUUCUUGAUACACACUGGAAACUGUUGAGCAUGAAAAACCCAGCAGUGUUGCAGUUCUUGACACACUCAAACUGGUGUGCUUGGCGCCUACUAUACAUACCCUGUUCAAGGGCACUUAAAUCUUUUGUCUUGCCCAUUCACCCUCUGAAUGGCACACAAUCCAUGUCUCAAUUGUCUCAAGGCUGACAAAUCCUUCUUUAACCUGUCUCCUCCCCUUCAAAUACACUGAUUGAAGUGGAUUUAACAGAUGACAUCAAUAAGGGGUCAUAGCUUUCACCUGGAUUCUCCUGGUCAGUCUUUGUCAUGGAAAGCGCAAGUGUUCCUAAUGAUUUGUACACUCAGUGUACACACUAUAACCUGUGAAAGUAACCGCCCCUUCCUCUUUACUUCCGGGUCAUGUCCCAUAAUUUUUUUUAUGGGCUUGACGAUUAUAUCAUAAAAUGUGUGAACGUGGUCAUUUUAAGAUAUACAAUUAUAUUAAUGUUUGUGGAGGAACAUACUUCUCCAGAUGCCUUUUAUGAAAGAUUUGACUUGAAGACCAUUCAAAAAGCCUACAAAAGUUCAAAGACUACAAGGCUACAAAAGUUCAAAGACUACAAGGCUACUUCCUGGUAAAUGACGUGUCACUUUCAUAGCGUAUAGCCCUUAGUACAGGUGGGGGGCAUCAGUCACUCAAUACCAUAUAGGCCAUAGGAAGGCAACAUUUUGUACAAGCACUGCAGUGAGCAAAAUAAUCAUUUCAAAAAGUCCUGAAGGCAGUAAAUUCAAUGCAAGUUCCAAAUACUGCAACUCGGAAUUCCAUCUUGGACUAUAUGGACUAUUUCCUCUUGCUUUAGCAUUUUCUUUGUUUGUACCAACAUUUUCUUAGAUAUGGUGUUGAGCAGAAUGAAUAAGAAGUCCCUUUUUAAUAAAUGUUAACCUAAUGAUGUGUUUUGCUUGUAUCAGCUGAUCCAGCCGUGUCCCCCGCCCUCCUCCGGUCCUACCUAUCCCCCCACGGUGCUGUGUGGAGUAGCCCCCUCCUGCCCCUGUGUGGUGACCCCAUCCCCCGGCCCUCUGCUACCCCUCCUCUCCUUCAGGAGCCACGGGGAGGGCAUCACUCUGGGUAAGGAGGACCACGCCAUACUAUUUCUGUGACCACACCACACUCAAACAUCAACCACUAACGAAACACUUAUCUAUCCAACUCUAUUCAUCUGUCUAUCUGUAUUGUCUUGACAGGGAACCACAGCCCUCACGGCCAGGCUGCCUCUCUCUGGACUGAAGACCUAACUCUGGCCCUGGAGGCUGCCAAGAGGUACAGACGCACCCACACUUACUUCCUUACACACACUAUCUUGGUCUAUAAAUCUCAAGUCAUCACGUCUGAAAACAUUUUGUGUGGUGUAUCCUCUCUGCAUUAGAUGUAUAAUUCCUGUCACCUGGAACCCACCUGAUGGUCUAUGAGAUAUAACCCAUACACACCUUUAUUAACACUUCCUCGACCUCUCUCCGCAGCCUGUCUGUAGGUUCAGUGUGGGUAAACUCCCACUCUGUGAUGGACCCUUCCCUGCCUCUCUCUGGCCACAAGGAGAGUGGCAACUGCAUCGAUGGAGGGAAGGAGGUAUGGACAAUAGCCAUUUGCUGUCCCUGUCCAGGGGGAAUCUUGUUGAUAAUGUUUGUAAUUAUCCAAUCUUUUCCGCUCUUCACACAUACCUUCUAGGGUGUCGGGCUAUAGGUUGUUUUAGACAGCGUCUCUUAUGUCUGAGUGUCUCCUAAAUGACUCUUUCCUCCUCUUUUCCAGGGUCUGUUCCAGUUCCUCCGCCCUUCCUCCUCUCCUCCUCUACCCCGCUCCUCUCCAGCCUCUGUUGAUUACUCCAAGUUUGGAACGGCGGCAUCAGCGGCCAUCAUUCCAGAGGGAUCUAAUUCAUCCAGGUGUGUGUAUAUGUCUUCCUUGACUUCUUUUAAAGAUGCUUUUGUACUUAUUCAGUCACUUUGUAAUGUUCUUUAUUAAAUCCUCUCUUUCUAUCUCUCCCUCAGUACCCCUCGUUCCUACCUGCAGUAUGUGGGGGGGAAGCAGUGUAAGUCGGAGUCUGGCAGCAGUGUGUGUGUCCUGGCACCAGGGGGAGCUGUGCUGGCCUACUGUCCUGACGGGGGGAGGAAAGAUGUUCGCAACGCCGUGGAGGCGGCCAUUAAAGUCCAACCUGGGUGAGCUCUGCUCUGCUUUAGGCUGGAUUUUUAUCCACCGAACGUCACCGACACUGUCGUCAAGGCCAUGUGGUACUGGGGCAGUACGGAGGUGUGUUUGACCCCUGUAUACUCACGUAUCGGGGUCACACAUCAACAAAUAGCACUUAAUUGGAUUCCAGUAGAGUGUGUGAGUGAGCUGUGUUUAAUGUUAAUCUAACUUGGUCUCUGCCCCCCGCACCUCACUGAUUCAGAGGGGUUGGGUUAAAUGCAGAAGACACAUUACAGUUGAAUGCAUUCAGUUGUGCAACUAGAUAUCUCCCUUUCCUUUUAUCUCUGUACAGUGUGUGGUGAAGGCGGUUACGGAGUACGUUUAGUGGAGCAUUAACCUGACUCUGGGCUCUAUACAAUAUGGACUAUCACGUAUAAAUGCCUUCCUUCUCUCAUCUCUCCUUCGAAAUGACUGGCAAGAAAGGAGUUCGAAAAGAAAAUGCAUAUGGGUCUGGGUCUCUGUGUGUGAUUUACACUGAGUAUACCAAACAUUAGGAACACCUUCCUACUAUUGAGUUGUAUCCCCUUUUGCCCUCAGAACAGCCUCAAUUCGUCGGGGCAUGGACUCUACAAGGUGUCGAAAGCGUUCAACAGGGAUGCUGGCCCAUAUUGACUCCAAUGCUUCCCACAGUUGUGUCAAGUUGGCUGAAUGUCCUUUUGGGUGGUGGACCAUUCUUGAUACACACGGGAAACUGUUGAGUGUGAAAAACCCAGCAGUGUUGAGGUUCUUGACACAAACCGGUGUGCCUGGCGCCUACUACCAUACCCGUUCAAAGGCACUUAAAUAUUUGUCUUGCCCAUUCACCCUCUGAAUGGCACACAUACACAAUCCAUGUCUCAAUUGUCUCAAGGCUUAAAAAUCCUUCUUUAACCUGUCUCCUCCCCUUCAUCUACACUGAUUUGAAGUGGAUUUAACAAGUGACAUCAAUAAGGGAUCAAAGCUUUCACCUGGAUUCACCUGGUCAGUCUGUCAUGGAAAGAGUAGGUGUUCUUAAUGUUUUGUAUACUCAGUGCAUAUUUUCUCUCUCUCUCCUGACAGUUGGAUGAAGAAGAGCCCUGUGGCCCGAGCUCAGUCCCUCUUCUCCCUGGCUGAGACCUUGGAGCUGAAGAGGCGGGACAUGGCCGUGUCACUCCACUCCCAGACAGGCCUCUCAUUGGAGGAGGCUGACAUGGAGGUGGAGCUCAGCAUCGCCCAGCUCUAUGAUUGGGCCGCCCGCUGUGAUAAGGAAAGGGGCGGAGUUCCGGUGAGAAUUUGUGUAUUAUGUCCUAUAGUAGUAACUUUUGUAUAAUACUAUUGGCUGUUUAUGUUCAACACGUACUCACUCACCCGCAACGCUCUGGCUAGCACACAGGGCACCAACAAAGCCUCUCCACUUCAGGCGGUCACACUGUAGAUAAAAUGUCUCUUCUCUAAUCUUGUGUUCUCUAGCCCGUCCCACAGUCCGGCUCGGCUCUGUCCAUCCCUGAGGCUCUAGGAGUGGUGGGUGUGGUUCUCCCUGACUCCUCCCCCCUCCUCUCUAUGGUCUCCUUGCUGGCAGCUGCUGUUGCCAUGGGCAAUGCUGUCGUCAUGGUGCCCAGUCCAAAGUACCCCCUGCCUGCUCUAGAGUUCAUCCAAGUGAGUUCUGUCCUGCCCCUUGACAUUUUGAUUCAACUGUGUGUUUGUGUGCACACUCUUGCUUGUGUAUGCUGUUGUGUGUAUUUUCCCCUAAACACAUCUCUUCCCUGUCUCUCUAGGUUCUCCAGUCCUCAGAUCUUCCAGGAGGCGUGGUCAGCAUUAUAACUGGUGGCAGAGAUCAGCUGACCCAGGCUCUAGCCAAUCACAGUGUCAUCAAGGCCAUAUGGUACUGGGGGAGUAUGGAGGUGUGUUUGACCCCUGUAUUCUCACACACACCCAACAAAUAGCACUAAUAUUGUUAUUCCAGUAAGAGUAUGUAAAAUGACUGGGGUUUAAUGUCAAUCCUAAUCUUUGUCUCUGUCGGUCCCCCCUCUCUCUCACUCACUCCCCUCACUCCUCCACUCACUCACUCAACUCACUCACUCAGCUCACUCACUCACUCACCAACUCACUCACACUCUCUCUCUCUCUCUCCUCCCCUUAUCCAUCCGUCGCUCGUCCUCUCUCUCUCUCUCUCUCUCCUCUCUCUCUCACUCACCCACUCCCGCACCCAACUCACUCAUUCACUUCACUCACUCAACUCCACUCACUCACUCACUCACUCACUCACUCACUCCCGUCACUCACUCACUCACUCACUCACCGCACUCACUCACUCACUCACUCACUCACUCACUUCACAUCACUCACUCACUCAACUCACUCACCCGCACCUUCACUCAACUCACAUCACUCACCUCCACUCACUCACUCACUCACCACUCACUCACUCACUCACACACACACAGGGUUGCCAGUUCCUCCAGCACACGUGUGCCAGCCCUCUGAAGAGCCUGUGGCUCCACUGCCAGGAGGAGGAGGAUGGAGGGAGAGACUGGGCCCAGCCUCAUCCCUCACUCCUGGAGGAGAUGUGGAGACAGGCCGUCCAGUGGAAGACUGUCUGGAUCCCCACUGCUUAG